UGAGAGCGCGCGUCGCUCUCGGGGAGCGGGAGCUGUCCGUCCCCCCCCCUCACCCCCCUACCGUCGGCAGUGAUUGAAUGAUGGCGGGGCACACCGCGCCCGGGCGGUCUUUCGACCGACUCUUACUCCAACAGUACCUGCUGCUGCUCAAGAAGUACCCGAUCCCGACCAAGUCGGUCACCAGUGGAAUCCUCUCAGGAUUUGGAAACAUUCUGUCCCAAGUUAUUGAGAGAAGGGGCAAGCAACCAAACACAGGAACGAGUCUCGACAUUGGAGGUCCGAUCAGAUUUGGAGUAUUUGGGCUGGUUUUCACAGGGCCUCUAAGUCACUUCUUCUAUCAGUUUCUGGACAAGUAUAUCCCAUCCAAUGUUGCAUUCUCACAAAUAAAGAGACUGCUUGUAGAUCGUCUGGUGUUUGCUCCAGCCUUCCUGGCUCUUUUCUUCUUCGUUAUCAGUAUGCUCGAGGGGAAGAAAAUGAAGGCACUGAAGGAUAAAAUGCAGACCAGUUACUGGAUAGCUCUGAAAAUGAACUGGAAAGUUUGGACAAUAUUUCAAUACAUUAACAUCAAUUACGUUCCUCCUCAGUUCCGGGUGCUGUUCGCUAAUCUGGUAGCUCUGUUCUGGUACGCGUACCUGGCUUCCAUCAGGAGAUAGUGGCAUUCCUUCGAUAGUGUUGGUCUCUGCCUCGAAUGGUUCCUUCCAACCUGGAAAUAACUUUGACUCCAUCGGAAGGAUUCAAUGAACUGACUUUGGCCAAACCCUACAGUUUUCUAUAUUUCCACAAGACAGCCACUGGACGACCUACUUAAAAAUGAACUGUGAAGUUAAUUGUUUUCCUGAAACAUUGUGAUACAACAUUAUUUGUCGUAUUGAAAAAAGUGUUGACAAAAUCUUUUCUUUAACACAUCACUACUGAACAUUUGUCAGUUCCUUAGAUUCAUAAUUUUCUUCACUGAUGUUCAGGACACAGAUGCUUUUAUACAGGAUAAAUGGGCUGGAUUAUGUUAAAAAUGGAUGGCUAGCUCUUAAAGUGUGCAUGAUUGAUAAAUGCACUGGUUAGCCAUGCAACUGCGAUGGUAUUUGAUUUCAGGGUGGGUUAUAAAGAAACACCUCCUGUGAAUAGCAUAAAUAGGCAGAAUGAAGUACCAUUCUUUAUGUUCUGUUUGAAUUAAAUGUGCAUCUCUCCCCUCUCCCUUGAAGGAGAUGGCCAAUAAUAUGGUUAUCCUGUUUGUUUGUACUCAAGCCAAAGCUCUGCAUAAAUGUUUUAUUAAGUUCACAAUUUGUUAGUAAUACAGAUGUAUCUGAAGCAUUAAAAAGUGUUUAAUAACAAAUUUAAUGAAUGUUCUGCAGACACGUGUUUAAUUCAAAGGGCUUCAGAGUUCACAGUUCCUCUCUAGCACUGAGAAGGAUGUUAUUAGGAUAUGCAAUGGGGAGCUGUAAUGCAGUUUAUUUUUUAGCUGAAGAGGGCAGAUAUAGUUAUAAGUGAGUCUUCACGAGCAGAUUAAGACAAGCUUUUCUUCAAUUCAUCAUUCAACAAUUUGUUUAUGGAACAGAUGUAUAGUUAUUAAAUAACUAACAUUUUGCCCACAAAAUACUCAGCCAAUUCACCUUACAGUAUAUUCUGUGAAGCGCUUUGAGACGUCUCGAAGAAGUAAUAAAGCACUAUAUCAAAACAAGGAUUAUUGUUACUAAAAACAAAACUAAUUACAUGUCAAAGGGUUGGUCUUUUGCUCAGGACCUGUGACCAGCUUACAAGUGGCUUUUCUGCUCUCCAGUAUGUCAUGUGAAUCUAACUCUAUCUGCUCAUAAAAUGAGUGACUUUCAAGUAAUGCUGGUUGAGACUGAAGACUGCUAAAUUUGUCUCUAUGUCUUUAACUUUGUAUAAUCAAUUAAAGGUAAAAGUACCUUAGAAAUUGCUGGCUGGAUGUUGGUGGGAAGAGACAAAAUUCUGCACAGGAAAGAAUGCCCCCAAACCAAACUGUUAUAAUUUUUCUGCAAAAAUUCAAUCCUGGUUAAAAAUUUGGAACAUUAAUUUUAAAACAGUUUUUUGUUUACCGUAUUUCACAUUUAAACUUACAUAAAUGCAUCCUAUAAGCAUCCAAUUCAUCACAGGCAGUGUUUUUUCAAGUUCUAGUGCUGUUUUACACUGUGUUAGAGGAUGAUUGCUCACGAUGAUUUUAACUUUUUUUUAAACAAAACAUUUUUGCACAUUUCCUCAACACCAUUUUCUCUCUCCAGUGUGAAUGAUCAAAAAAUAUGUUUUGCAUUUAUUUCUGAUUGAAAAUAAACCUGGUUUGGUUAUCAAUGUUUGUCAUAUCACAUCCCGCCCGAUGUUCAUGAUGCAGGUGUACAUUGAAAUUUAGUGGGUUGGUCUAACCAGAAGCAAUACAUCAAUGGAUAGCAUGAGGCAGGGCAAAACCUCAAAUGUUCCUUCAGAAAAUUAUUCAGUUUUCAGAAAAAAAAAUGCGUAUAGUUGUAUUGAUGUUGACAGCAAAAUAAAAUUGCCAAAAUUGUA